AUUCCCGUAGUCCAGGCUGAGCCGCGCGCCUCCGUCCCCGGCGCGUUCCCGUAGUCCAGGCGCGAUCCUCGGAGCUGUCCCCGGCGCGUUCCCGUCAGCCAGGCGCGCUCCUCGGAGCCGUCCCAGGCGCGUUCCCGUCGGCCAGUGGCGCGCUCCUCGGAGCCGCGCAGAGCCGUCCCCGGCGCGCGCCGGCCGGCGGGUCAGAUCUGCGCGGCCAGGCCGCUGGUCCCGAGCGGGUUUCCCAGUGCUCCGGGCCUGAGGGGCUUCAGCCCGGCGGCGGCGGCGGUGGCGCUUGCCCGCCCCCGGGGACCGAGGACUAGGCCGUGGGGCCGCGCCCUAAGUAGCAGAAAGAGAAUGAAAGAAGUAGAUAAUCUUGACAGUAUAAAAGAAGAAUGGGUUUGUGAAACAGGACCUCCUGACAGUCAACCCCUCAAUAAUAACUAACAAAAGGACUGUGAAUAUUUUGUUGACAGCCUUUUUGAGGAAGCAGGGAAGGCUGGUGCCAAGUGCUUAUCUCCCACUGAACAGAAGAAACAGGUAGAUGUAAAUAUAAAAUUGUGGAAAAAUGGAUUCACUGUCAAUGAUGAUUUUAGAAGUUACUCUGAUGGUGCAAGUCAGCAGUUUCUGAAUUCCAUCAAAAAGGGGGAAUUACCUUCAGAAUUACGCGGAAUUUUUGAUAAAGAGGAAGUGGAUGUUAAAGUUGAAGAUAAAAAAAAUGAAGUAUGUAUGUCUACAAAGCCUGUGUUCCAGCCCUUCUCAGGACAGGGCUACAGACUAGGAAGUGCUACACCAAGAAUCAUUUCUAAAGCAAAGAGUGUUGAAGUUGACAAUAAAAGGACUUUGUCUGCUGUUUCACUGAACAACUUGGAGCCCAUUACCAGGAUCCAGAUCUGGUUAGCCAACGGGGAAAGGACUGUCCAAAGAUUUAACGUUUCUCAUAGGGUGAGCCACAUCAAAGACUUCAUUGAAAAAUACCAAGGAUCUCAGAGAAGCCCUCCCUUUGCCCUGGCAACAGCUCUUCCUUUCCUCAGAUUUCUGGAUGAAACCCUCACAUUAGAAGAAGCAGAUUUGAAGAAUGCUGUAAUCAUUCAGAGACUCCAAAAAACUGCCGAGCCUUUUAGGAAACUUUAAUAGUUUUUAUUUUUGAGAGACUGAGAGAAAUGAUGGUUGGAAGUAGACAUGUAGAAGUGGGAGACAGAAGUCAGUGUGACUAAACUUGUGGUUUGAGGGCUUCUUCAUCCCUUAUGAGGGGGUUCAGUCAUCACAAGCUAGGAGAGUGACAUGGCUGUAAACCAGAGUCAGGGCACUUUUCUCAACAGGCUAUUCAGAAAAAAAAUAUACCUAUUUUUCAAAUAUUAGUUAGCCAAUGUGAUAUAUUAAAUAGCUGUAUCAUUAAUCUUAAUGUGGUCUAACUUAAUCUUAAUGUGGUCCAAAUAAGCAGAGUAUUCAGUUAGCUAAAUCAGCAUCAGCAUUCAAAUAUUAUUUCCAAACAGCAGAUAUUUAUAUAAAUGUUAGCUAUCUCAGUUUUUAAAUAGCAAUACAUUAAAAUAUUAUACAUGACAUUAAAAGCAUCAAUGUAAUUAUUAUAUUGCUGUGCUUCAUCCUCGGAGCUUUUCAGCUUCUACUCUGAUGGCAAAGAUACUCAAAUAUUCAUUUGGCAACAGUAUCCAAGAUGAAUGCUCUUCUAGGAAUAAAAUUGUGUAGCUUAGUAUAAUAUCAAUAUUAAUCUGUCUACACAGUUUUCUAUACCUUCUAUAUGUAGUUCUAUGGGCUAGGAAUGAAGUUCAGUGGUAGAGAAUAUUUGCCAUGCAUACAUGAGACUCUAGGUUCAUUCUAUCCCCAGCACUACAAAAUUUAAAAAAGAAAACCCUUUAAGUUUAUAAUGUAAAAGUACACACAAAAAAAUUCUCCAAAGCUGGAGAAUUUGGUGGGGGCCGAGCAGGCCUUUAAUCCUAGCAUUUUGGAGGCGAGGCAGGAGGAUCUCCAAGUUCAAGGACAGCCUGUCCUACAGAGCUAACUAACUUCCAGGGUUACACAGAGAAACCCUGUCUAGAAAAGAAAACUCAAAGUUUUCAAAUAUUUACUCAUUUAAAAAUAUCUUUGGAACUUCCUGCAGUGGUCUCACACCAAGCUGAGAGGGGAGAACCACUUGAGCCCAGGAGUUCAGUCAGCCUGAGCAACAGAGCAAAACCCUGUCUCUGAUAGUAACAACUUGCCCACCUGGAGAGAUGGCUCAGCAGUUAAAAGCAUUGGCUGUCCUUGCUGUAGAUCGAGUCAAUUUCCAGCACUCACAUGGCAGCGCACAGCCAUCUAAAACUACUGCUCCAAAAAUAUCCGUCUCCCUCUUCUGACCUCUGUGGGCACUGCACUCAAGUUAUAUGUAGACGUACAUGCAGACAAAACACCAUUCAUAUUAAAUUUUUAAAAAUUAAUAAUCCCAAAGAGUGGAAAGAUUUAUCGAGAAAGGUGGCAUUGUAUUUCCUCUUCUCCAAAACUGUAAUGUCUGACUUAAUAAAGAAAAAGACUCUCACCUGUUUCACAUUCACUGUGAUGCAAUAUCACAUAGUUUAUUGUCUCUAGAAGACAACACUCCAUUUGUGGGAAUGAAAAAGAAACAUUUAACUGCAUGCUUAGGAAAGACAGUUUGACAAAGGGUCAUUUGGGAGUCCUUCUCAAAGGGCCAAUACCUGGCCAAAUAUGGGAGUUCACACUGAUCAUAAGCACUUGAGAGGUUGAGGCAGGAGGAUUACCAUGAGGUCAAGGCCAGCUUGAGCUACAGAAUGAGAGUCUGUUAAAACAACAAAAUCUAUUCCUGCCCCUGUCACAAGCAUUGUGCUUCACUGUCUGAGAUGGUUGCCAGCUGCACUUGGAACCUUGAAUGGCUCUUAGGUAUCUAGUGUAAAUGCAGGAACUCUACACUAGGCCCAAGUCCACCCUGUAUGCCUCACCAUGGACAGCGAAUGGCUCCACCCAUGUACUUUCCACACUUGAGCUUUAUCUUCUUCCAAGUUUGCUCGGACUGUCCCUCUUUAAGCUGAACUACUACUGGAAUAACUUGUGCCUUGCCUCCCAUGCACAGAUGAGGCAGGGCUGGGAGGUGUGAAUGAGGUUUUAAGUAAGACUCAGGAAUAACAAGAAGGAGCCUAUGUGCAUAACUAGAUGUCCUUUCUUUCUGCCCUUUCUUCUGCAGUCCUAUUUUAAAGAUGCUUUCUUCCCUGGCCCCAAGUCUUCCAUAUGCCAGACUUCUGCAUUUUGGGCGGACAGUAUGGGAUGAAGGAGAGCAUCUUUAUUUUGCCCUUUACCUGGGAAGUCAGCAGGUAUUUAAUAGAAAGAUUAAAUAUUUGUUGAUAACAUUUAUACAACACUAUCAGAGCCCUUUUUAGCAAUAUAAGUAAUUCCUUAACAAAAAAAGGGGAUAGUAAAAUCAGUGGUUUUAUUUUUCAGAUAUAGGCAAAAACUUUUGAUUGUUAAUAUGUUCAGGAAUCUCUAAGGAAAUGUUUCAUGAAGGCCUAUCCUGAAACCUUUCUAUUUACAUAGUUAUAAUUGAUAAAUGGCUCUCUGUAUUUUUAUGAGGAGCCUCUCACAAGAAUGUUUCUUGUGUAUCUACAAAUAAAGCCCCCACUCUCUAAUUAGCCAGAAGGUACACUGGGGGGUUCUUGUGUGUCCAUACAGAAUACAUGCCAGGGAGAUGUUCCAUUAGGAAGAACAGUCAUCAGCAAUAACUUGUGUUUUUUAAAACUGUGAAAAUGUCAGUGUAAAUAAUGUUCUCAAAGAGUUCCUUAAAGAAAUCUUAAUGAUCUGAUAAAUCUUUUUACUUGAAGAUUCAAAAGUUGUAAAGUUGCUCAUGUAUAGACUCCUUAUUGCAGGUUGAUUUUGAAAGAAUAAACUGCCAAGGGAAGCAAAACUUAAAGUAGGUGAACAUCUCAGGAGUACAGUUUGACUCAAGUAGUUGCUCCAGAACUAUCAUUGUCCAUUGCCUUGUCUUGCAAAUGAGAUAGACAUUGAAAUACAUAUCUGAUUGUACACAUUAUAAUUUGCUAGUUAGAUUACUAUGCACUAUCAAAGCUAAAAUAAUCAUACUUUGUCAGGACUCAGUACACCUCAUGAUGUUUCCAUUCAUUGACAAUGUAGUAUUAUGUAUUUAUUUUAGUGCCUUAAUAUAUUUUUGAUGUAUUUUGCUAAUGGUAAAAUGAACUGUCUCUUAAAGAUAAAAUGCUGCUCAUUGAAAGGAUCUGUUAAGUAAUUUACACUUGUUAUACGAUGGUUACAUGUGAAUGCUUUUGUCAUUUUUUUAAUUUGGCCAAGUCCUACAGUUUGAGAAUCAAUGAUUAUUUGAUCCGAUGAUUAUUAGAUGCCUUUUCCUUAACCAAUGUUGUUUUCGUUUCAUACUCAGAAAUGUGAAAAAGUGGUAUUUUAGUAGCUGUCCAAUGAUUGUUAUUUAUUCUUAUGACCUAUGACCUAGCAUGGAGGCUUAUUUAUAGUGUUUACUCCCUUAUACGUUUCUGUCACAGAAGACUUCAGUAAAAAGAUGCUCAUCACACUGGA